AGCGGGAGUUGCUCAUCGAGUAUAAAAAUCCAAUUGCACUUGGACAAAGUAUCAGUUUCAUUGACAACAUUCGUCGAUCAACAUGAAGAUAAUCAUCGCCUUAGCAUCUGUGGUUAUGGUUUUGGCCGAACCGCCAAUUCGUGGGACCUACUACUUUGCCAAACAGGAAGACGCUCCUUACCCAGCAUCUGGAUGGAAACCCGACGGUCCGUCAUUCGAUUUGCCACAGAAACAGUCCGAGAAACAACAAGUAGCGCCACAACGUCAAUACGGAGCUCCAGUUAAGGCUCCACAGCCACAGUAUGGCGGUCCAGCCGCAGCACAAACUGAAUAUGGAGCUCCCGCUAAGGCUCCACAGCAACAAUAUGGAGCUCCAGUUGCUCCUCAGAAGCAAUAUGGAAGCCCAAUAGUUCCUCAACGACAAUAUGGCGCUCCAGUCGCUCCCCAAAGUGAAUAUGGCGCCCCUAUUAAGGCUCCGCAGAACCAAUAUGGAAGUCCAUCUGUACCAGAACGCCAUUAUGGAGGACCAGUAGCACCACAGAAUCAAUAUGGAACACCAUCAACACCAGAAAACCAGUAUGGAACACCCCAAUACCCAUCAGAAUCAUCAACAGCAACAGAUUAUGAUGAAACAACUUUCCCUACAACUGAAUCUCAGGCUGAGCCCGUCGACUCUAUCAACGAACUUGAUGAACAAGGAAAUGUCGAUGAGCAGAAACAAGGCGAGUACUAUAUCGCGCUUCCCGACGGAAGACUCCAGAGAGUACAGUAUGUAAGUCGUCAGGACAUUGAGGCUAUGAAAUAUUUCGCCAAGAUCAGGGCUGAGAAUGUUGAGCCUUUGAGGGGACCAGUCUACGCCUACCAGCCGUUACAGAAACUCCAGUUCGCGACGACCCAACUGGAAGUUGUGCCACAGGAUCAGGCCCAGGUUCAAGGAGCUCCUGCUAAGCUCCAGGUUCCAGUUGCUGCUAAAUUGCAAGGAGCCGUCGCUGAAGUCGCGGUACCGGUUUCCAGCUUUAGUAGCUUUGCUAAUUACCAACCGGAACAAAGAUUCUUGGUUAGUUUUUAAGGUUAUGAAAUUUUAUCAUGUAGUGGGGAUUAAUGAGCAAUAAAUACGAAAAUAUAAUCCUAGA